UUCCAUACAUGCUCAGUCUGCCGUAUGACAUGUAAAAGUGUCGUAGUGAAAAGAGGCUUUAAAUAGGAGUGACUUCUGUCGUCAGUCAGAAGUGGGGGGAGAACAGUUCGAGUUGUUCUGUCAGCAUGUCUGAGCCUAUCAGAGUUCUGGUGACCGGCGCUGCUGGACAGAUUGCAUACUCUUUGUUGCUGAGCAUCGCCAAGGGAGAUGUCUUUGGCAAAGAUCAGCCUGUCAUCUUGCUUCUUUUGGACAUUACUCCCAUGCUGCCAGUGUUAGAGGGGGUGGUCAUGGAACUGCAGGACUGUUCCCUUCCACUUCUGAGAGAUAUUGUGCCCACUGACAAGGAGGAGGUGGCCUUCAAAGACCUGGAUGUGGCCAUCCUGGUGGGCUCAAUGCCCAGGAAGGAGGGGAUGGAGAGGAAGGACCUUCUAAAAGCUAACGUGAACAUUUUCAAGAGCCAAGGGGCCGCCUUGGAUAAGUAUGCUAAGAAGACCGUCAAGGUGCUGGUUGUGGGAAACCCUGCGAACACCAACUGCCUGAUAGCAGCCAAGUCCGCUCCCUCCAUCCCUAAAGAAAACUUCUCCUGCCUCACACGUCUGGACCACAACCGGGCUCGCUCCCAGGUGGCAAUCCGCUGCGGUGUUCCAGCCACGCAGGUGACGAAUGUCAUUAUCUGGGGCAACCACUCGUCGACCCAGUACCCAGAUGUGCACCACUGCAAGGUCAACAUGUCUGGCAGCGAGCUCGCCUGCUUUGACGCGGUCAAGGACGAUGCUUGGCUCAAAGGGGAUUUUAUAGCUACUGUUCAACAAAGAGGUGCUGCAGUCAUCAAGGCGAGAAAGCUGUCCAGCGCCAUGUCUGCAGCAAAAGCCAUCUGUGACCACCUGAGGGACAUCUGGGUUGGUACCCCAGAGGGUGAAUUCACCUCUAUGGGGAUCUACUCCACUGGAAACUCCUAUGCAGUCCCAGAAGACCUCAUCUACUCGUUCCCUGUCCAGAUCAAGGAUAAGACCUGGAAGAUUGUGGAGGGCCUGGCAAUCAAUGACUUUUCUCGGUCCAAGAUGGACGCCACCGCAGCAGAGCUUAUAGAAGAGAGGGAUACAGCUGUGGCUUUCCUGGGAGUAUGACUGCACUCGGUCGGGCCGACCCCCCCGCUCCCGCAAUGUCGACCCAAAACUCCAGAGGCACGCCUGUGAUGCAGAACUCCUUAAGCCCCUUCGCUGCUCUCUGCAGAUAUACAUGUUCACAUGAAAAAGAAUGUCAGGGUUAUUUGAGGGUUUAGAUGGAUUUAUAUUUGUCCACUGCCAGACUUUUUUUUUUAAUCUAGAAAAAUAAUGAGUAUGAGUUUACUUUGAUCAGAAAAGCAGCAGAUCGGCUGCUUAUCGGAUCGGUUCAACUUGAUCUUUAAAAAAAGCUUCUUAUCAGACUUUGUUCUCUGGAGGUGAGUGAAUCGAUGGAUAACUCUUGCAUAUUGUCAGUGAUUCACUUAAGUCAUGAAACACUGUAUCUGAUGACUUGACGUUAAAAAUUAAAAAUGUGUAUAAAAUAA